ACAUUGCUACGACAAAACGGCAAGCAGUGUAAUUAGAGAAAGAGUAUUAACCGUAAAGCUACCGUCGAUAUUGUUCGCCGGUGAUAUCUUCUCCGAUUCGCUCAACUCUCUUAAUAUCAGGUUUUCAAUAAGGAAUGGAAUCUGAUUGUUUGACACCAGAAUGGUCUUCUCAGCCUUGUCUAAUGGGUAUUGACGAAGCCGGGAGGGGUCCUGUUCUAGGUCCUAUGGUUUAUGGAUGUAUGUAUUGUCCCAUUUCCUAUCAGUCUUCUCUUGCUUCUCUCCAUUUUGCAGAUUCAAAGACUCUAAAAGAGGAGAAAAGAGAAGAGUUAUAUGAAAACUUAAAGCUUGACAAGUCACUUGGAUGGGCUGUUGAUGUCAUUGAUCCCAGAGAACUCUCAGCUAAGAUGCUCGCAAAAAACAAGACUAAUUUAAAUGAGAUUUCACAUAACUCUGCAAUGGGGCUAAUCAAAAGGGUACUAGACAUGGGAGUUCUUCUAACAGAGGCUUAUCUGGAUACCGUGGGAGAUCCCGAGAAGUACAGGAUAAAAUUGUCUGAGAGGUUUCCUUCGAUCAAGUUUGUCGUUUCAAAGAAAGCUGACAGUCUGUUUCCUAUUGUUAGUGGGGCAAGUAUUGUGGCUAAGGUGACAAGAGACAGAGCGUUGAGAGAAUGGUUGGUAGAGGAAACCGGAGAAGAUAUAAAUAGAAACUUUGGUUCUGGAUAUCCUGGAGAUCCUGAGACAAAGGCGUGGUUAGUGCAACACAAACAUUCUGUGUUUGGAUUCCCAUCACUGGUUCGCUUCAGUUGGGGAACUUGCACUACACAUUUGAAGGGCGAGGUUGAAGUUGCAUGGGAAGCAGAUGAAACCGAAGAGAGUGGUAAUGGAAGUAGCAGCAAACGACAAGCGAAACUAAGCAGUUUUGGGUUCAAAACAUGCGAUAAAAGGAGCGAAGAAAUCGAAUCAAGUGGUAAAGGGCGGUGCAAAUUUUUCCAAGCUCGCAAAAUCCAACAACUCACUCAGUUUUAGUCUCAGUACAAGACUGAAUCCAGCUUCUAGGAGAUGCCUUAGCUUAUAGUUUAUCUCUCUAAGUGAUUGUUGUUUCGUUUUUUCAUUUUGAACCCCUUCUGUUAAGAGGAGUUAUUUAUAACAUUUGUUUUACUAAUUUCAAGCCCGGCCUGCUUUGGUAUAAUCUCUUCAGCCAUGGACUAGACUAGACCGCCACUCACCCUGAGCCGGCCCGUGGUUAACCAUUUGUUUUCUGAGGAAGAACUUACCUUAAUACCUUUGCUUUCUUCUC